AUGAAAUACAAUGAGCUCCCUGGAUUCGACGAACACCCUGAGUCGAUCUACAAGUUAGUGGAGUCCAUGGGUGUAUCUAACAUAAUAUCAAAGAACGAAUUAACAGAGGCUAUAUUGGAGUCCAAAGAAUUCAAGGACUUUAGUUCCCUUUCCAACCAAAAGAAUACCGAAUUUUCAGAAGAGAGUAACAAUGUCUAG